AUUUACCCCACCAUAGAAAUCAUCGGAUCGUACCUCUCAGCUCACGAGAUCGCCAAGCUCCGCCCCUUCGUCGUCGGCGCCGACUCCCCGCCGCCUUGACGCUGCGACGGCCGCGGAAUCGCAGGCCAAGUGGAGCUCGGAGCCUUGUAUUUCCAGAUCUGAGACGGAUCUGUUGUUCUAAGCUCUAGGUUCCAUGGCGGCCAAGUGCUGUCAUGUGUUGUCGCUGGACCACAUGAGUACUUCCUACCCGUUUGCUCAAUCAUCUUCGUACUUUUGUUUUCCAACAACCUGUUCAGCGAGAGCUUAGCUCUUGCCGUUUCGUAAAAAUAAUGCCAUGUUGCUGACUGUAUAAAAUGAAUCGAGAUGUUUAUCAUGAUUGCAUUAGUUGUAGGUUGAUCCUACUUGUAUGUCUCGUAGUUCUUCAUGAUUUGGGUUUCUUGCUUUCUGAUUCACUAAAGUUUUCUCUGAUGUAACCUAUCAGACAUGCAGGUAAGACUAAUGGAAGGAUUUCUGCUAGGGUUAUUGCUCUGUUAAGUCUUCAAGAAACCUUUUCUCUCACCAGUCUUUUUAGCACUUGCAAUUGAUUGAUAUCUGUAAUAAUUUGCACGGGCCUAAUGGAUGAUUGACUAUAGCGAGAUUUGAUUGUAGAGUUUCCGUGCUGCAAUUUCUUUAGAAACAUAAUAUUGAUAUUUGUGGACUAUCCAGAUGUAUCUUCUUACUUAUGUGUUGAUGAGGGUGUUGUGAGGAUCAAAAUUUGAGUUGGAGAAGCCACGUAGCAUUUACAUUGGGAAAAUGAGCUCCAGCUCUACCGUAGGAAUAACAAAAAGUUUCUUGAUCUAUUAUUGUUCAAAAUCAACAAAUCUAUUCUCUUAGAUUCACUUUCCAUAUUGUUUAAAGUACCAAAUGGUAGUUUCUUUUUAUUGUUGUUGCACAUGUUUUCACAAACUGGCUUCUUUCUUCCUUGUCUUGGUUGGCCUUUUUAUGGUUAACUGGUGGAUUAAGUGAGUGAUGUUGCUUUGGCUGGAUUUGAGGUUAACUAGAAGUUUCUCAUGUAUGAGCAUUAGAUUGGAUUGAGAUUGGGACACAAGGAUCAUAAGGUCCUAUGACCUAACUUAAUUUAUAUCAACCCAAACCUGAAGACCUAGAAUGGGUUGGGAUCUCAGGAUGAUGAUCUCACCAUAUUCCCUAACAGCUUCUUGGUGAGAUCUCGAUCCUAACAGCCUUUUUAAUAACACGUCUACAUUUCAAUACACGAAUUGACAUUGCCUACCUAGACUGGAUAACUUUUCUUCAUAUUAGGAACAAACUGUGUGCACAACAUUGUCUAGAGCUAUAUCAAACUGUAUCUUGUAGCUACAAUCUACAGCUGCCAAAGUUAUCAUAAGUUGUUCUUUGUGCCUUUGUGGAAAGGAUUCAAAUCUCUUCCUACGAUUUUUUUGUUCCCUGUCCAAGUAUUGGAAUCCUUUGGUGAGUGCUAUAUUUGGUUUAAUCUCUCCUAAACUUCAUUUUACUUCUUUAUUACUACAAUUAUUACCCAUCAUGUGCUGUUAGUUACAAAGGAUAUGCUUAGCCUGAAGUAUAUAGCAUUUCCAAAUUAUUAUAGUUCUUUUAUAGUGUUCAAGUCAGAUGCUUUUUAUGUGCUAAUAACUUCUGAGUAUAAUCUGACUGCGGGUCUGAUUUCUUGAUAUGGUUUAUCUGCCUCCCAUUAUUUGAACUUAUGCAUCAAAAUCAUCAUAAUAAAUUGGAACGAGCUGGCAAAUAGUUUCAAUGGACAAGGACAAAACAAAACAGAUGUACCUUUGUUUUCCAUUAAACAUUAGGUAGUUUGUAGUAUCAUUUUUAUGCAUUUGAUUGUGGAACCUCCGCUAUUUGCAAUCCGACAUCCAUGAGUUCAUUUCCUGGGGUCAUGUUGCAUUAGAAGCACUAGUCUUAUCCAACUCAAGGACCACAGUUACAUAGUAUGUUCACUGACUUUUCAUGCAGAGCUUCUUAUGGCCUCUCCAUCUGAAGGAAUCUGUGUGGCUCAAUCAUGCCAAGCCGAUGCCACUGAAAGCAUCAGGACCACCACCUUUUUAGGAUGUACAUAGAUAUUCUUACCCCGAAAUUUGGAGCUCUUAUGACUGAAGACGUCUGUCCAUCAGACAAAACAACAAGAAGAAGUGUCAUGAGUUGAAGAGGCUUCAGAGUGUGAUAAUCUGGCCCUCUACUUUUUUUCAUGUCUAAAUAUUAUUCUUUAAAGCCCUCGAGCUCCAAGUGUCUUGGCCCCCUAUCACGUUACCACCACAGUGCUGCGUUUAGUAGUUCCUGGAGAUAAAACUAAUGAAGAUCUUUAACUGGAUGCAUAGCAAGUUGUACCCCAGCGUCAAGUACAGCCAUGUUUCUGAAAAGAAAGAUGCUUUUGGAGGAGACGAAAGAGAAAAUAUGGAAAUCUCUGAAGGGAUGAUCGAGGAAGAAGCAUUACUCUUACAUGAUGUCCUCAAUGGCAUUCUUGCCAUUGGCACCUUAGGCAGAAAGGUCAGCUUUGUUCCGCAGUCCUACUGUACCGAGGAAGAUGAAAUCCCUGUGGGAGACAAAAUGAAAGUGGAGACUGAUGCAGAGGUAAAAGACAAAGAUAACGGAGCUGCACCUUCUCUGGUGGCAAGCAAACCUCCAGUUCUUAUCGAGCUUGAUCUCAAAUUACCAGUUGAAGUAGAGGAAAAGAAAAUGGAGAUGGUGGUCCAGGACAGAGAAACUGCUGAGAAGAUCCAAGUGUUGCCUUUGCUGAUGGAGGACAAGGAGAAACGAGAACAGAGAGUAACACUUGCUGAUCUUUUUGCCGCUGAUGCUUCAACAAAGAACGACCUCGAUGAAAAUCCAAACAAGAAGAUGAAUGCUAGAUCAAAGCAGUAUUUGAUUAUCCAUGACAAGAAGCUGCAGAACAGGAAAGAAGCUCAAUCAGCUACCACGAAAGGCAACGCCGUCAACCCAACUAGGAAACUACAGAAGAAGGUCCACCCGGAGACGGAAGCCACGACGAAUGUUGCAGACAUGCUGACAAAGAAAAGCAGAAAGCCUCUGAUGCCCGGGGGAGCAAAAUCUAUCGAAUAACGAUACUCGAUUUGGCACCACGAGAUGCUCGCGAACAAAAUUGCUUGAUUUACCGUGUCCUAGAGUAAGUGUUGAGUGCCUGCAUUAAGCGUCCACAUGUUUGUUAUAUAUUUUACGAGCAGUUUGUUUGCAGCUGUAAGAUUGAUUCGCUUAAAAUUAUCUCAAAUAAUUGAGACAUCAAUUAAGGCAUAAAUGUUCUUGUUGCUGUCUUUGUUACAAUCAUGUUAUUCACGGGUUAAUACACAACAAUAUAAUCUUUUCCUGUGUUCCAGUACA